GCACGUGGGAUGCAUUCUAUCUUACGGUGCACCCUCAAGGUGUUUGGGAAGGUGUGUAGGGAUUGGUGGAAGGUGGAUGCCCACCGGGACUGGUGCUGAUCGAUGACGGGUGGCAAUCCAUUAGCCAUGAUGAGGAUCCCAUCACCAAAGAGGGCAUGAAUUGUACGGUGGCCGGUGAACAAAUGCCAUGCAGGCUGUUGAAGUUUCAAGAGAAUUACAAGUUUAGGGACUAUGUUAGCCCUCGGAGUUUGGCCAACGGUUCCGCUAAUAAGGGCAUGGCUGCCUUAUCAAGGACCUGAAGGAGGAAUUUAACACUGUGGACUUUGUUUAUGUGUGGCAUACCUUGUGUGGAUAUUGGGGUGGUUUAAGGCCUAAUGUCCAUGGCUUGCCGGAAACCAAGGUCAUUAGGCCGGAGCUGUCGCCGGGAUUGAAGAAAACAAUGGAGGGUCUCGCCGUUGAUAAGAUUUUCAACACCGGUAUCGGGUUGGUGCCGCCGGAGAAGGCCGAUGAACUUUAUGAAGGACUUCAUUCUCACUUGGAAAAUGUCGGAAUUGAUGGAGUUAAAGUCGACGUGAUCCAUCUGUUGGAAAUGUCGUGUGAAAAUUACGGUGGAAGAGUUGAGCUCGCAAAAGCUUAUUUUAAAGCGUUAACGGAUUCCGUCAGAAAGCAUUUCAAAGGAACGGCGUUAUUGCCAGUAUGGAACACUGCAAUGGUUUUAUGUUUCUUGGAACAGAAACCAUUUGUCUCGGUCGCGUCGGUGACCCUAACGGCACAUUUUGGCUCCAAGGAUGUCACAUGGUUCACUGUGCUUACAACAGUCUAUGGAUGGGCAACUUUAUUCACCCUGACUGGGACAUGUUCCAAUCCACUCACCCUUGUGCCGAGUUCCAUGCUGCUUCAAGGGCCAUCUCCGGUGGCCCGAUUAUUGUGA